AUGGGGAGUGCCGAGGGCUUCCAGUACCGAGCCCUCUACCCGUAUCGCAAGGAGCGGGAAGAGGACAUCGACCUGCUGCCGGGGGACACCUUGGUGGUGAGCCGGGGGGCCCUGCUGCACGGCCUGGGCUUCAAGGAUGGCGACGAGCAGACCCCCAACCAGCUCGGCUGGAUCCUGGGCAUCAACGAGCGCACCAAGCAGAAGGGGGACUUCCCGGGCACUUACGUGGAGUACGUCGGCCCCGUCAAGAUCUCCCUGCCCUCCCACCGGCCCAGGGUGGCCCGGCCCCUCCCGGCCACCCCUGGGGGGGCCGGGGCCUCCCACGUGCAGGAGGCCCCGGAGCAGGGGUCGAUCCUUCCGGAGCUGUCGGAGCAGUUCAUUCCCCCUGAGGUUGCUCCGCCUCUCCUGUGCCGGCUGGUGGACGCCAUUGAAAAGAAGGGGCUCGAGAGCAAGAUGCUGUACCGGUCGCCCAGCUCCGAACUGAGGCCAGCCCUGAGGACGGACUGGGCGGGGGCUGGCGACUGGGAGUCCUGGGACGUGGUGUCCCUCGGUGAAGCCCUGAAGGGCUACCUGCAAGAGCUGCCCACCCCGGUGGUGCCCGACAGAGUCCACGGCGACAUCCUGCGAGUGCUGCAGGACGCCAGCCAGCCUGAACUCUGCCGGACGCAGCUCCUGUCGGUGCUGGAAGCCCCCGGCCUGCCGCUGCCCCACCUCCUCACCCUCCAGUUCCUCCUGCGUCACUUGGCCAAAGCGGGCGAACAGGCAGAGAGCAAUGGGCUGCGGCCCCGGCUCCUGGCCGAGAUCUUCGGACCCCUGCUCCUCCGGCGGCCUGCAGCAGCCAGCACCGAGACCAGCCCGGACUUCUCUGUGCUCUUCCUGGAAACUCUUUUGCGGACCGUGGAGCCCGGGCUGGAGAAGCCCCCUCCAGCUCUGCCCCCCAAGCCCCCCAAGCCAAAGCCUGCGGCGGCGGCGGCCCUGACCAACGGGAAUGGUGUGGCUCUUCAAGAUGCCGAGUGGUACUGGGGCGACAUCUCCAGGGAGGAAGUGAACGAGAAGCUCCGGGACACCCCCGACGGCACCUUCCUUGUCCGGGACGCGUCCAGCAAGAUCCAAGGGGAAUACACGCUGACCCUGCGGAAAGGGGGCAACAACAAGCUCAUCAAGAUCUUCCACCGGGAGGGCAAGUACGGCUUCUCGGAGCCGCUGACCUUCAGCUCCGUGGUGGAGCUCAUCAACCAUUACCGGCACGAGUCCCUGGCCCAGUACAAUGCCAAGCUGGACACCCGGCUGCUCUACCCCAUCUCCAAGUACCAGCAGGACCAGGUGGUGAAGGAAGACAGCGUGGAAGCGGUGGGGGAGCAACUGAGGGCCUACCACCAGCAGUACCAGGACAAGAGCCGCGAGUACGACCUUCUCUACGAGGAAUACACGCGCACCUCGCAGGAGCUGCAGAUGAAGAGGACGGCCAUCGAGGCCUUCAACGAAACCAUCAAGAUCUUCGAGGAGCAGUGCCAGACGCAGGAGAAGUGCAGCCGGGAGUACAUCGAGCGCUUCCGGAGGGAGGGCAACGAGAAGGAGCUGCAGCGAAUCCUGAUGAACUCUGAGAAGCUGAAGUCCCGCAUCUCCGAGAUCCAUGACAGCAAGAUGAAGCUACAGCAGGACCUCAAGCAGCAGGCCGCCGAGAACCGCGAGAUUGACAAGCGCAUGAACAGCCUCAAGCCCGACCUGCUGCAGCUGCGCAAACUCCGGGACCAGUACCUGGUGUGGCUGACCCAGAAGGGGACCCGCCAGAAGAAGAUCAACGAGUGGCUGGGAAUCCGGAACGAGGCAGAGGACCAGUACUUCAUGAUGGAGGACGAGGAGGAGCUGCCGCAUCAUGAGCAGCUGACAUGGUACGUAGGGAAGAUCAACCGCACCCAGGCUGAGGAGAUGCUGGUCGGCAAGCGGAACGGGACCUUCCUUAUCCGGGAGAGCAGCCAGCGCGGCUGUUAUGCCUGCUCUGUCGUGGUGGACGGCGACACCAAACACUGCGUGAUCUACAAGACGGUGACCGGCUACGGCUUCGCCGAGCCCUACAACCUCUACGCCUCCCUCAAGGACCUCGUCCUCCACUACAAGCACACCUCCCUGGUGCAGCACAACGACUCCCUCAACGUCACGCUGGCCCACCCCGUCCUCUCCCCGCCUCCCCCCAGAUGAAGGGCG